AUGUUUCGGUUCAAUUCUCUUAAAGUUCCGAUAUCUAAAAAAUUUUUAUUGUAUCCAUUACUUUCUAACUCGACAUUUAAUGUAUCCACGACAAUUAAUUCCAUCACCAAUACUACUACUAAAUUUUCCAAUAAUAACAACUCUUAUAAAUUUUUCAGCAGCACCACCUCAGCAUUAUCAAACAAUGUAAAAAACAUUACAGUUUAUGGUUCUGGUCUUAUGGGAGCAGGGAUUGUACAAAUAUCGGCACAGAAUGGAUUCAAAGUGACGAUGGUUGAUUUGACAGAGGAAGCAUUAGAGAAAGGAAAAGAUAUUAUCAACGCAUCACUUAUACGAAUAGCCAAGAAAAAAUUUGAAAACGAUGAACCGAAACAAAAAGAGUUGAUUGAAUCGACUUUUCAAAAUAUCAAGACUACCACCAACUCAACUGACGCUGAUGCAAUCAAUGCUGAUUUGAUAGUUGAAGCAAUCGUGGAAAAUAUUGAAACGAAGCGAUCUUUAUUUAAGUUGUUGGAUAAGUUAGCUCCCAAGUCGACUAUAUUUGCUUCAAACACUUCAAGCUUAUCGGUAUAUGAGAUAGCAAAAGUUACAAAUCGACUUGAUAGAUUUGCUGGAUUACAUUUCUUUAAUCCAGUACCACAAAUGAAAUUAGUUGAAAUUGUUGUUACAGAUCAGCUUGAUAAAAAUGUUUAUGAAACUCUGGUGGACGCUACAAAAAGAAUGAAGAAGGUUUCUGUUACUUGUAAAGAUACGCCUGGAUUUAUUGUCAAUCGACUUCUUGUCCCUUAUUUAAUGGAAGCUAUACGACUUGUUGAACGUGGUGUUUCAACAAUACAAGAUGUUGAUUCUGCAAUGAAAUUGGGAGCUGGAAUGCCCAUGGGGCCUUUUGAGUUAGCUGAUUUUGUUGGGUUGGACACACUUAAAUUUAUUGUGGACGGAUGGCGUCGUGAUGGUAAGGUUGAUUCCAAUCUUGUUGCUCCAAUUAAAUUAUUGGACGAACUUGUUGAGAAAGGACAUCUUGGACGUAAAUCUGGAAAAGGUUUCUAUUCUUAUUGA